AAAUAAUGAGUUUUUGGCUCAUAAUAAUAUGGACCGUUUUGUCCACUCUGAUAGGCUACUUAAGAGUUAAAUACACUUAUUGGGAAUUGAAUGGCGUCAAACAAUUGAAAACUCAUUUCUUAUUUGGAAAUUUAUUUAAGCUGAAAUCAAUGAAUCAUACCGAAUUACUGCAAGAAGUCUAUGAUACGUUCAAGGGCAAAGUUAAAAUAGCAGGCAUGUACUUUUUCACCAAACCAAUAGCGGUAAUACUUGACUUGGAUGUGGUGAAAGCAAUAUUAAUAAAAGAUUUCAACAAUUUCGAGGAUCGCAUGGAGUAUAAAAAUAGUAAGGAUGUUUUAUCAACACAUUUGUUUAAUGUUGAAAGAACAGUAUGGAAGCCUUUGAGGCAAAAGCUGACACCCACAUUUACCUCGGGCAAAAUGAAGUUUAUGUUUCCCACUAUAACCAAUUUAACCCAAGAACUAAAGGAGGCUUAUGAGAGAAAUAUUAUUGAGUGUGGAGACAAUGGUGUUAAUAUGUAUGAUCUAAAUGCACGCUACACCACUGAUGUUGUGGGCACUUGUAUUUUUGGCAUUGAGUGUAAUAGUUUGAAAGAUCCCACGGUUGAAUUUAGACAAAUAUGUUCUAAAGUCUUUGGACGUACCAAUUUCAAUAUACGCUGGCAUUUGUUUAAGCUAAACUAUGCUAAAUUUAUGAAAUUCUUGGGCUCCAAAAGAUUUCCUCAAUUCAUAGAGGACUUUUUUAUGCGUGUGGCCAGAGAUUCGGUUAUAGAACGUGAGAAACAGGGCAUAAAACGUAAUGAUUUCCUAAAUAUUUUAAUCGAUUUGAAAAAUACCAAGGAUGAGAAGGGUGAAGCCAUGUUGACUUAUGAUCAAAUAUCGGCACAAUUAUUUGUAUUCUUUGUGGCUGGAUUUGAGACUUCCUCUACCAACAUGAGCUAUGUGCUGUAUGAAUUGGCACGUCAUCCGGAGAUACAAGAGAAAGUAAGACUGGAAAUAUUAGAAGUUUUAAAGAAAUAUGAUAAUGAAUUGACUUAUGAAGCCAUGAUGGAAAUGACUUAUUUGGAUCAAGUAAUAACGGAAACUCUGCGCCUUUACCCCGCUCUCUCCUACAUACAACGGGUGGCCUUAAAUGACUACAAAAUACCAGAUACCGAAAUUAUUUUGGAUAAGGGCACCAAUGUCUAUAUACCCGUUAGAGCAAUACAUCUAGAUCCAGAAAUUUACGAGAAUCCUUUGGAAUUCAAACCCGAACGUUUUACACCCUCACAAAUGGCCACCAGACAUUCCCAGUCAUUCUUGGGUUUUGGUGAUGGACCUCGCAAUUGUAUUGGUUUACGUUUUGGUCGCAUGCAAAAUCGCAUUGGACUUGUAACACUCCUUAGGAAUUUCAAAUUUUCACGGUGCCCAAAAACCACUGAUAGUAUUAAAUUUUCUGAUCAUAGUUUAGUAAAUAUACCAUUAAAUGGUAUUUAUUUGAAAGUUGAAAAGUUAUAA